AUGCGUGUACCGAUGUCCAAGGAACGGCCAAGAAUAGCAUCGUGUGCCAAUGACCCAGCUCCGUUAGGGAGAGCUGCUUUGGGUGGGCCACUAACCAUUGAAAAGGCUGGAAUCCAUCAAGGUGGUCACAGAAGGUCAGAGAAUGGAUUUCAAGUUCUCUUCUAUGGAAAUCCAUAUGGUCAUGUGGACAAGAACGCUUCUGACGUUUCUGUGAAGCCUGCAAGCAAAACCAUAUCCGCAUUUCUGAACACAGAGGGUGGCAACAUCUACGUCGGCAUUGACAGUUAUGGAACUAUUCGAGGCGUUCGUCUGACAGCCAGUUUGAAGGAGCACUUCUUCCUUUCGUUGAGCUACUGCAUUUCACAGUUCAAACCUGCUGUUCCACCGGACCUCGUUAAAGUACAUUUCAUUGAGUUGGACAAUACGACAUUGCUUGAACAUGAAGAAAACAAUAGUAUGUCACAGCAAGUGGAAGACGUCGGGCACGAUUACGAUAGUACUGCCGAAUCUGAAACGGAUAAAGGUCCCACUCAUCACACCAUCGGCAGCACAAGUUGUCUGUGCGAAGAUACUGUAGAAACUAUGGAGUCUAAACUCUACUUAGCUGUCGUUCAGGUUCUUAAGUCACCAGAUGGAACCUUUUAUCAGAAUGACGAAGGAUGCGCGUAUCGUCGUCGUCAUGGCUCAAACAAAAUGAUCAUUAUCAACGAUAUCGUGAAGCUCAUGAACAAUGGACCCGUGCCUCGAGCAAUCUCAGAGGACGGAGUCAGCUAUGUCCUCAGCCGCGAAUCGGCUUGGGUGGGGUUUGACGCUCUCCGUGGUGGACGUAGCAGGUUGCUUGCUCUGCGCCCUGUUACAUGGUACUGCACCAUCAUGGUCCAAUAUCACAUCGCAGUUCAAGUCGUUUUCCUUCUUCACAAGCACUGUGAUCUUGUCCCUUGUCGUGCAGUGCGUGUGGUUCUAUGGCUGUUACCUGCUGUGUUCCACAAAACAGGUCGAGCUGAUCACUUGCCUCAGCUGAAGCAGGUCAUUUUUUGCACGUCGCUGUUAAUGUAUGCAGCGAGCCCCACAAAACUAUUAUUGCUUACGGAAAAGCUCAGUCCAGGAAUAUACCUGCCAGUCGGUGAUUACGCAUUUCUCGUGUGGAACGUUUUCGCUGCUUUCCUUUUAGACCUGUCCUGGAAGACGUACUUCAGCUAUCCUCCAUCCAGUUAUGUGCUACUUGAACACGACGAGGUGAGCAGAAGUUGUGCAUUUGUUGUUGUUUAUUGA